AGGAGUUGAAGCAAGCCCUUCCCGGUAAUAAAGAGAAGAAAUAUCUGUACCGGAAAACCGAACAAGACGGGUGUGCCGUUGUGGAUGUUGGGGUUGGGUGUGGACCGGCUUCAAGCCGACAUCAACCGCCUUCUAACCUCCCUUUUCCAUCAGGGGGUGCUGGACGAGCAGUUCUUGCAGCUGCAGCAGCUUCAAGAUGACACUUCGCCAACCUUUGUGUACGAUGUCAUUAAUAUCUAUUUUGACGAAUCCGAGAAGCUACUCCGCAGCCUUAGAUUAUUGCUGAUGGAUAGAGAAUUCUCGGACUACAAGAAGAUAGGAUUGCAUCUGAAUCAGUUGGUAGGAAGCAGUUCCAGCAUUGGUGCUCGUAGGGUUCGUAACGUCUGUGUUGCAUUUCGCUCUGCUUCCGAGCUUAACAACCGCCCAGGGUGCUUGAGAGGGCUGGAGGUAGUAGAGCAUGAGUAUCAUUACCUCAAGAACAUGAUGCAUGAACUCUUCCAGCUGGAGCAGCAGAGGCUAUUAGCUGCAGGAGUCAGAUAUCCAAUGUAGAUUUUAUAAUUACGUUCUAUCAUAAAAUUCUGAUAACUAAAGCAAUGACAUAAAAUUAGUGUGUGAUGUAUUGUACCGAGUC